AUGCGCGACCACGAGCAGCCCCAGGACGCGCAGUGCAUGCCCGAGGGCCUCGUGCGCCAGGUGGCCGCGGCCGCCCGCGCCGCGGGCAUCGGCCUGGCCGGCGAGAACGCGCUGCCCCGGUACGACGACACGGCGCACGACCAGGUGGUGGGCACCGCCGCGGAGCGCGCCGAGGAGGACCGGAUGGUGGCCUUCACCUACCUCCGCAUGGGCCCCGAUCUGUUCCAGCCCGACAACUGGCGCCGGUUCGCGGCGUUCGUGAAGCGGAUGUCCAAGUCCGGGUCGUGCAGGGAGGCCGCCGAGCGGGAGGCGCACGGCGUCGCCCACGCCACGGGCUCUCUCGUGCACGAGGCCGCCGCCGCGCUACGGUGCUGA